AAUGUAUUAUUGGGUGCACCUAAAUUUUGUGCUGCUGCACCUAAGUUCAUUAGUAACUACCCUAAUAACCACUACAGAUUCAUAUGUACAGUUGUUGGCUCAAUUAUUUGUAAAAAUGUAAAAGAUGUGUGAGAGACAGGGAUCAGGAGAGGAAAGGGGCCCACAGAGACUGCUUAUGUACAGGGCCCAGAAUUUUGGUGCUACUCCCCUGCUGGUGAUUAAAGUUUCAUUGAGUGUUAUUCUUGGAUGUUCAAGUCUUUAAAGUCAUCAUGAACAGCCAUCUCUCAGAAGGCUGCACAGAGCUCAACAGAAGACAUUCGUCUUUGAAACAGCAGGCAGGGUUUGGUAAACUGCUGUAUUUAAACCAGCAUCUUAGCACUUCAGAAAAGCUUGACAUCUGACUUGACUUCACUAUCAUUUUGUAAUAAGAAUCUAACUUUCUAUUGACAGAUGCUUUACAACAUGACACUUGAUUUGAUUUUUGGCAGUACCUCAAAAACUUGUGUGUUUGCUUAGAAAAUAUAUGGCUGAUAACAGCUCAUUGGUCGCCUUGCGACGACAGAUCAAUGACCAAGUCAUUAUUGUGCAGGUCCUGGUGAUGAUUUUUCUUUGCAUCAACUUGUUGCUCAUUGUGACCUUUUUUAAAAAGGAGUGCUUCUACACAACUGCACGCUACAUCUUAUUUGCUGUUAUACUACUGUCUGAUAGCUUGGUAUUAGUCAUGUCUGAUGUUCUGCUCGUCUUGAGUUAUUUUCAGUUUACAAUGCAAGUUUGGUUAUGUAUAAUUAUCUCUGUUGUAGUAUUUCUGUAUACUACAGUCACUCCAGUUACUCUGACUGCAAUGACCCUGGAGCGCUACGUGGCCAUUUGCUUGCCCCUGCACCAUGGACAGCUGUGCUCCACACGCAGCACUAUGCAUUGCAUCCUCAUCAUUCACAGCCUCAGCUCUGUACCUGGCAUUGUUGUUCUCUCCACCUUCUUUGCAUCAGUAUCCCUUAGCGUCUACAAACAAUAUAGGGUAUGUUCAGAGGAGAUGUUCCUUGUGUACAGAUGGCAGGAUCAUGUUCGGUCAGCUGUAUCUCAGUUUUACUUCUUGAUCAUGUGUAUCAUCAUUGUAUUCUCCUAUGUUAAAAUAAUGACAGUGGCCAAAGCUGCAUCAGGAGAAAAUAAAAAGUCAACAUGGAAAGGGCUCAGAACAGUAAUUCUUCACGCUUUCCAGCUGUUGCUCUGUCUCAUCCAGCUGUGGUGUCCAUUCAUAGAAACUGCUGUACUUCAGACUGAUUUCAUGUUGUUCGUUCAAGUCAGGUACUUUAACUACAUAAUGUUUAGUCUUGCUCCAAGAUGUCUGAGUCCUCUCAUUUAUGGCCUCAGAGAUGAAAAGUUUUAUCUUGAGCUGAAAAGCCAUGUCUUCUUUGGCUUGUAUAAAAGAAAAUAUUGUUUGAGAAAUUAAAUCUAUUUGCUUUUCAACAGAAGAAUUGCACAAAGCAUGUAACUUAUUUACUGAAGUAAUUCUAUUAAAACUUAUAAAUAACUGAGCAUAGCUCUGAUUCACUUUCUCAGUAGCUAAGAUUUAGAUGCAUGUUUUAAAAAUGUUCUACUUCUAAGUCUGUGACCCCUGUGACAUUUUUACCCAAUAACAAUUUAUAACAUGUAACCUACUGAUAAUAAAUAGUCUUAUGCCUCAUAUUUGUUACCUAUGCCUAUGCUAAAAGUUUUUUUAUUGC